AUGUUCCCAUGGCCCGGGCCUUGCCUCCUCCUCUUGGCCGUCGCCGUCGCCGUCUCCGCGAUCAUCCCGGCGCCGAUGCUCGCCGCGGCGGCCUCCGAGCCGGAACGAUGCGGCAGCGUGACCGUAUCGCGCCCGUUCGGGGUCGUCCAUGGCUCUGAGGAGAACCGGUGCGCCCAGAUGGGGUUCCAGGUCCACUGCAAGGACCACGUCCCCUACCUCGGGUACUACGAGCCCGACUACGGGCUGCGGAUCCUCCACAUCUUCGUCCACAACGGCUCCCUGCUCGUCUCCGACGCCCACAAGCUCCAAGACUUCGACGGUAGGUCCAGCCCCCAAGGCUGCCAUGUCCCCACGGCCGACACGGCCACCAAAGUCGGGGACCCGUUCUCCAUCAGCCCCCUCAACCAGAACCUCGUCUUCUACAACUGCACCAGGGCGCCGGGGCGCCCAGUGGGGCUGCUGGACACGGUGUGCCGGAACAACACUUUUGUCCGCGCGGGAGGGCCGUACAACGCGUCCGGCGGGAUCGACGGCGGGUACGCUCUGGAGGGCUGCAACGCCACCGCCGUGCCGGUGCUCGGGGCGUCCGGAGAUGUCGCCCGGGUCUUCCCCGAGAACAACUCCCUAGUCGCCGUGAACCACAACCUCCUCGUCCCGCCCCGCGCCGGCUGCCCGCCGUGGUGGUUCAACAUCUCGCUGGGCCUCGGGCUGGGGCCCUACACCAUCAACAGGAAGAACAGGGAGGUCCUCGUCCUCUACAACUGCACCGAGCCGCAGCAGGUGGCUCCGCCGGGGUUCAACCGCACGCGCUGCGCCGACGGGUCCUUCUUCCGGCUUGGCGGGGAGUAUGGCAGCCACCGCGAGCUGGGCGUUGUCCCGUCGGCCUGCAGUCUCUCCGUCGUGCCGGUUCUUGGUUUUCCGGACGGCGACGACGACUAUGUCCAGAGCAUGAGGCAGGGGUUCCUGCUCGAGUGGACGGUGCCGUCGGACGACUGCCCCGAGUGCGAGGCAAGCGGCGGGCAGUGCAGGUACGCCGGCGACGGCACCGGGUUUUCCUGCGGUUGCGCCGGCGUCGCCCACCGCGAGAAGUGCGAUUCUUCUUAUGCAGGGGCCCGUAAAAUGGCAAGAGUGACCAUUCUUAAAAUAGUUGGAGCAGGACUAGGUGGUGCUGUACUCAUGGCAUGUCUCGGCUGUUUUGUCUGGUACAAAUGCAAGAAGAGGAAACAAACUGUAGCUUCGAACAAGUUCAUGCGAAGUGGAUCUUCAAUGACGUCAUACAGUAAAGACCUUGAGUUGGAUGGUUCUCCUCAUAUCUUCACUUUCGAGGAACUUGAGGUAGCUACUGAUGGGUUUAGUGCUUCAAGGGAGCUUGGUGAUGGUGGUUUUGGAACUGUCUACAAAGGAAAACUCAAGGAUGGGAGAGUAGUUGCGGUGAAACGCCUUUACAAGAACAAUUACAGACGGGUUGAGCAAUUCCUGAAUGAGGUUGACAUCCUGUCCCGCCUGCUCCACCAGAACCUUGUCAUCCUAUAUGGCUGCACGUCGCGCAUGAGCCGUGAUCUUCUCCUGGUGUACGAGUUCAUCGCAAAUGGGACGGUCGCAGACCAUCUUCACGGAUCCCGUGCGGCGGAACGAGGCCUCACUUGGCCUCUGAGGCUGAACAUUGCCAUAGAGACGGCUGAAGCACUGGCCUACCUCCAUGCGGUCGAGAUCAUACACCGAGAUGUGAAGACAACCAACAUAUUGCUCGACAACAGCUUCCAUGUCAAAGUUGCAGACUUUGGGUUAUCACGCCUGUUCCCACUUGAGGUCACCCAUGUGUCAACUGUUCCACAGGGCACACCGGGCUACGUCGACCCGGUGUACCACCAGUGCUACAAGCUGACCGACAAGAGUGACGUUUACAGCUUCGGUGUUGUGUUGGUGGAGUUGAUAUCAUCGAAACCUGCUGUGGACAUGAGCAGGAGCCACAGUGAGAUCAACUUGGCAAACAUGGCUCUCAACAGGAUUCAGAACCAUCAAGUUGUUCAGCUGGUUGAUCCGGAGCUCGGCUACAAUACCGACCCCGAAACGAAGAGGACGAUCGAUCGCGUCGCGGAGGUGGCCUUCCAGUGCUUGCAACUGGAGAGGGAUCUAAGGCCGUCCAUCAAGGAGGUGGUGGAGAUCCUGACUUGCGUCAGGGACGGAGACGGUGGGGAUAAUAGCAUGAAUAAGAAGGCAUCUCAGAAAGAAGACGUGUGCUUGCUCAAGGAUGGCCUGCAGUUCUCGCCCGACACUGUUAUACAUAGAUUCCAUAGCCAGUCAACUAACCACUCGGUAGCAUCGAAUGCUAGCAGAUUAUCUAACAUCAAAUGCUAA